AAAAAAGUAGGUAUAAGUUUAUGAAUAUCUUUGCGGAUAUAUAUUUUUUCUAGGAUCUCAAAAUAGGAGAGGUAAAUUAAGCAGUUGAUAUUCUAGCAGAAAUGAACACUAGCCUAGGAUGAACAGUAAUCAUCAAUGACUUUCAACCCUCUCCAGAAACUUAAAUCACUGUUAAGUGUUGAGGAAGAGAUGGGACAAAUACCUGACAGGAUGACAUCACAGCCUCAAAGAACUACCUUGCCAUAUUCACCCAAUAGUGAUGCAGAUAGAGAAGAAGAUGGUUUUGUACUUGUAGGCGAUACAACGAUCGAGAGAUCAACAGUUUAUCCAACAAGUGCACCAAGAUCUGGCCAUUCUAUUAACCAACCACCCAGCUAUAUGGAGUAUACCAGGUCUCUCUCACAGGAACAAACAAAUAACUGUGAAGUUACUGCUGAUGCCACCAUGAUUCAAUCUGCACACUUGGCAAAUUCGUCAAAUAUACAAGUGCCUAGUAGAAUUCAGGCCUCCAAUGGUACCUUAGUAGAACAGUCUGAACAUUGUUGCAGUAGUGUCACCGAUGUGCCCUUUGUUCUCUCUCCUGUCUUGUGUGCAGGGAAUACGACCAACUACUACAUUGCACCUUUGAAGACUUUCCAGCCAGUGAAAUACAACUAUGAUUUUACACUUGAACGUUCGGUUGUUAGCUCCUGAGGGGAUUACAGCUAUAUGAAGACAUGAUGUAAUAGUAUUGUCUAUAAAUUACAUGUAGCAGUCAUACAGACUUUGUACAAUCAUCUUCGAGACUUAAUGCAGUAGUUAUACAAGUUUAUACAAUGACUAUCAAAACUUCAACAGUUGUUGCGACUUCAUAUGAUGGUUAUUGAGACAUCAAACUAUAAUUUCAUAUAAUGGUUCGUAAGGAUGUAAAGAAGCCAUCUGUCCAUAUGGGUCAUUGAGACUCAUACAACAGUGAAUGUUCAUUGAAUUUUCUUUUUUGGUUAUUGACCAUUUACGCUUCAAUGGCUAGUCAGUCGUCAAUGAAACUAAAACUGAAUGGGUGGGCAUUAAUAUAUUUACAUACAAUAUAAUUAUGUGGAAGCUAAAGCAGGUCUAUAAUUUUUAUAUCUAUAUUUUAGAUAUACAUGUAGUAUUAUUUUUUUGAAAAUACUCUUAGUACAUGUAGUACCUGGAACAGUACCUGUAUAGUAUUGUACAUAUUUUAU